GCGGCGGUGGCGGCGGUGGCUGCCCGCGCCCCUCCCCCGCGAGGCGCUCAGUGCCAGGCGGGAGGCGGCAGCGGUUGGAGGCUACGCCGGGCUUUGCAGCGGGGACUUCGGCGGCGGCGGCGGCGGCGGCGCCUCAGGCACUUCGGCCCUGACACAAUGAGGCGAGUGGUACGACAGAGCAAGUUUCGGCAUGUAUUUGGACAAGCGGUGAAAAAUGACCAGUGUUACGAUGACAUCCGGGUUUCUCGAGUGACCUGGGAUAGUUCCUUUUGCGCUGUCAAUCCCCGAUUUGUUGCCAUAAUCAUAGAAGCGAGUGGGGGCGGGGCGUUCCUUGUGCUCCCUCUGCACAAGACUGGUCGAAUUGACAAAUCCUACCCUACAGUAUGUGGCCACACGGGACCGGUGCUCGACAUAGACUGGUGCCCACACAACGAUCAGGUCAUUGCCAGCGGUUCAGAGGACUGCACGGUUAUGGUGUGGCAGAUCCCAGAAAAUGGACUCACCCUUUCCCUGACCGAACCUGUGGUGAUUUUAGAGGGCCACUCGAAGAGAGUUGGCAUCGUGGCCUGGCAUCCGACUGCCCGCAACGUCCUUCUUAGCGCAGGCUGUGACAAUGCCAUCAUCAUCUGGAAUGUGGGGACGGGGGAAGCCCUCAUCAACCUGGACGAUAUGCACUCGGACAUGAUUUACAAUGUAAGCUGGAACCGGAACGGCAGUCUGAUCUGCACAGCUUCCAAAGACAAGAAAGUGAGAGUGAUCGAUCCUAGGAAGCAAGAGAUUGUUGCUGAGAAGGAGAAAGCACACGAAGGAGCAAGACCCAUGAGAGCCAUCUUUCUGGCUGACGGGAAUGUCUUCACCACUGGUUUCAGCCGCAUGAGUGAGCGGCAGCUGGCUCUCUGGAAUCCGAAAAAUAUGCAGGAACCAAUCGCUCUUCAUGAAAUGGACACUAGCAAUGGGGUGUUGCUGCCCUUCUAUGACCCUGACACCAGUAUCAUUUACUUAUGUGGAAAGGGUGACAGCAGUAUCCGCUAUUUUGAGAUCACAGAUGAAUCCCCGUAUGUCCACUACCUCAACACAUUCAGCAGCAAGGAGCCUCAGAGAGGGAUGGGCUACAUGCCCAAGAGGGGACUUGACGUUAACAAAUGUGAGAUCGCCAGAUUCUUCAAACUUCAUGAGAGAAAGUGUGAGCCCAUUAUCAUGACUGUUCCAAGGAAAUCGGACCUUUUCCAGGAUGACCUGUAUCCUGACACAGCAGGGCCCGAAGCGGCGCUGGAGGCAGAGGAGUGGUUUGAGGGGAAGAAUGCAGAUCCAGUCCUCAUCUCCUUAAAGCAUGGAUACAUUCCUGGCAAAAACCGGGAUCUCAAAGUGGUCAAGAAGAACAUUCUGGAUAGCAAGCCCACUGCAAAUAAGAAGUGUGACCUGAUCAACAUCCCCAAGAAAACCCCGGACACAGCCAGUGUGCAAAAUGAAGCCAAGCUGGAUGAGAUUUUAAAAGAGAUCAAAUCUAUAAAAGAUACAAUCUGCAAUCAAGACGAGCGCAUUUCCAAGUUAGAACAGCAGAUGGCGAAGAUCGCCGCCUGAAGGUCCACCCCCCACCCCCAAAAUGGGAGCAGGAACUCUUCGUGGUAGCCGGUUGUGGGCGUGGUCCCAGGGAGGGCGGAAGGGAGGCACUGCCAUUUGGGGACCUUCGUGUCAGCGGCCCGUGUCAACCAGCCACGGGCCGCCUUCCAGUCAGAACUCAAUUCGUCUCCCAAAUUUGCAGAAACAAAAUGUGAUUUAAAAGCUGAGCUUUUUAUCAGAAAGCUUUUUUGAUGUUUUAAGUGUUACGUGACUUGUCGAACUUUUAAAAGACAAAAGUGCUACUUUUAAAAUCCCAGAUAUUCUGAAUUUUAGAAAACCGACCAAUUCUGAUUCAGUGUUGUGCCCAAGUACCUUUUUUCUUUUUUUUUUUUUUUUUAUAAACAGGGACCAAUGCCACAUUGCUUUUUAUAUUUCUUUUUUUUUUUUUAACGUUGCCAAAACCAAAAGUAGCUCCCCCGCCCGCCGCCCUUGUAUUUUGCUACUUUGCAGUAUUUGUGUGUGGUUUUUUUUUUUCCUCCUUAAUUUGAAAGGGACAGCACUGUGUAUGUUUAUAAACUAAAUGAAGAUAAGAUAUUAUUUUGUAUACACGUUCAUCCGAGAACAAUCAGAGCAGUAGCCUCAUGGUGCUGGCUCGUUUGCAGCACAAAACCCGGUCAUCCUCAUGACUGUACAGAAGGAAGACUUGAAAAAUCACGUGGGUUCACGUCACCACCCCUCUCCUUUCACGGAGUCUUCUGAUCAAAAAAGCUCCUAUUGUAUCGUCUCUUUUCUUUCCUUUCUCUUUUCUAGAAACUGGGUGGUUGUACCAGAAUGGAAUUUCACUUCUUGGUUAUCCUGUGCUUCAGAUGAUUAUAAUCUAACCUAAACUAGCGUGUGUUUUCGCAGUUUUGUUAUACACGUAGAAUCUAUUGCAUUGAUCACUUUAAACGUCAUAGUUCAGGUUUCGGUCAAUACUUGACAAGGGUGCCCGGGACAGGAGGCCACAGAAGCCACUGUGGAGUGUUCCUCCUUGCCCAUUUCAGCAGCCUGUCUUGCUCCUGAGUGCAGUAGGGGACUGUAGGCCGAGCGAACCUGCAGUGGGGAGUGUGCCCCCACGGGACCCUCUGCUCUCCCAGCACAUCGCAUGCCGACCCUGUGCUGUGCUGGAGGCAGAAAUGGCUCUCUCUGCACCCCAGAGCCCCUGCCCUCCCCUCUGUGUCACAGAUGCAGCCACCUCUCUCAGGGCUCCCCCAGACAGUCCUUCUGUUUUUCCUGCCUCGGCCCUCUCCACAGUCAGCUGAGAUGAAGGCCAGAGGGUGCUAUUGACUAUUGAGACUGAGAACAGUCUAGAAUGAAGCAAGACCAGGAGCACGGGCCUCUGCUGUAGCUUUAAUGUGUACGAACUUGUCCCUUUGCACCCUCCACACAAACCAGCCUGCUCUGCCCCUCCAGCUCACACAGAGGCUGUGUCAAAGCACAGAGGUUCCCCCGGAUUCAGGGGCCAGCGACUGAGCUCUGAAUACCUGUUCCAUUCCUAGGUUAGCUAGAACUUCUCCAUUUCCAUGUUCUCAUUUUGCAUGCUUGAGGAACAAGAUUUAAAGAAUCUCUGGGAAAGACUGAGUGUCUGUGGUCGAACAUGAAACGUGGAGUGCCAUUGGGACCGCCCGGGGGCUCUUGCGCAUGCUCCCGCCGGUGUGGGGACGAACUGGCUGGGAGCAUCUGUAACAGGGAGCCAGGAUGGAGGCGGAGUGUGGCGACACUGGGUUGGAACGCGCAGUCGAGCUGGGGCUAAUGUCUGCGUAGGAAAGGUACCGUGUUUUUACCCAGAAUUGGGGUCACUGUCUCCACAGUUUCAGGGCAUCUGAAUGUUUGGUGUGGUUUUGUGUGUGUAUGUGUGUGUGUUUAAUAUUGGAGUGGAUAAUGAGAUGUAAAGAAAACAAUAAUUACAGUGACUUCUGUUCAAACCUGUACAUGUUUCUUUAUCGACGUAAUCUGCUGAGGACCUUCAUUUUUUAAAUUGAGAAGUGUUUUAAGGUUCUGACAAAUUAAGUAAACAAAAUUGUUGAUAGUGGUGGAACACCAUAGGGAACGUGGUUCAAAGAGAAGACAGAGGGCAAGGAGAAAUUACCCUGAUUUUAGUGGUUUUAGCUUAUGACUUAUUUAAUGAACGAAUGCCCAGCCAGGCUCAGAGUCGGCGCCUGAAGCUUUGUGGAUUAUUUUUCCUGUUUUGUCUUUUUUUAUUUUUUUCCUUCUUCUUUUCAAAGCCGUGCUAUCCCAGAGGAAAACCAGUGAAUUGCUCCUAGAUCGGCUCUUAUAGAGCGGCCAUAGUAUUCUGUCAAAACACUUGCUUCCAUUUUCAAAGAUAAAAAAGUCAUUGAUUACAAAA